AUGAGUACCGUAAUAGACGUUUCUAACGAAAACGAAGCUUCUCCCGACAGCAAGAAUCAAAAGAAACCCUCUUUCCUUCGCGGGGUUUCUUCUUUCAUAGAGAAAAAGUUCGGGAAAUAUAUGCAAAAGAUCAYUCAUAGCAUUAAGGUCGGAAUUGCCUUGGUUUUGGUUUCGCUUCUCUAUCUCCUCGAUCCACUUUUCGAGMAAGUUGGGGAAAAUGCCAUGUGGGCUAUCAUGACGGUUGUGGUUGUCUUCGAGUUCUUUGCAGGUGCCACAUUAAGCAAAGGGUUACUUCGUGGAUUCGGAACUAUACUUGGCGGUGGAUUGGGGUGCUUGGCAGCAAUUUUGGCGGACGAUUUGGGAAAGAUUGGAAAUGCGGUUGUGGUUGGUGUUUCGGUCUUUACUUUUGGUGCSGCGGCAACAUAUUGUCGAUUGAUUCCAAGCAUAAAAAGGAAAUACGAYUACGGGUUCAUGAUCUUCAUACUCACCUUCAAUCUGGUAGCCGUAUCUGGUUUACGUGCUGAUAAAGUCAUAGAAUUAGCCCGUGAACGUCUCUCAACGAUUGGUAUGGGUUUUGCUGUCUGCAUAUUCACGAGCUUACUCGUGUUUCCAGUGUGGGCUAGCGAUGAACUUCAUCGUUUGACAUCUUCCAAGUUCGACAAACUAGCUUGCUGCAUUGAAGAUUGCAUGAAAGUGUACUUCMGUGUAGUAAAUGAGAAAGAAAGCAUGCCAAGCAUUAAUAUCAGUGGUUGCAAGUCGGUAUUGCACUCCAAAUCAAGUGAUGAAUCAUUGGCAAAUUUUGCAAGAUGGGAACCAUGGCAUGGAAGAUUUGGAUUCUAUUAUCCAUGGGAGAAAUACAUACAAAUAGGAGAGGUUAUUAGGGAACUUGCUUCAAUCAUUCUAUCCAUGCAAAAAUGUCUUGAAUCACCAAUGCAGCCCUCGAGACCGCUACAACAUGCAAUCAAAGAGCCAUGCAAAAGUGUCGGGGUGUCGCUUGGAUUAACGAUGCGAGAGCUAGGGGAAAGUAUGAUGAAUAUGAAAAGAUGCCAAGCGAAGGUCCUAACGGUGCCAAAGUUGCAAUCCACGAAACUAGACCUGAUCCUACUUUCAACUUCACCGAAGCUACAAGGGAUUGCAAACGUCGAGUCCCUUGCGAUCGCAAACUUCUUGUUUUUAUUGAUGGAGAUUGUCGAUAAAGUUGAAGUCUUGGCCAAAGAAGUCGAAGCACUUGGAGAGGUUGCUGGUUUUCGAUCCAAAUAGACGACUAACUUCUUGUAUAUACAAUAUAGCCUUCAUUACAACAAAAUCGGGUUUAUAGAACGUUAACACUUUCUA